UGAUACAUGGUAUAAUAUUAACAUAUCACGAAAAGUAUUACGAAAUUUAAUUAAAAAUAACCGUGACCUUUUACUCUUAUAUUUAAAGACUGCAAUUUUUAGCCAAAACUUAACGCAAGUAAUUAAUCUAAAUAUAUUUUUAAAUGCUCGCGUAAAUACAUAGAUGGAAUUUUUAAUUAAUCUAGAGGUAAACCACGAGAUCCACGAUGAGCAAACCCAAAUUGAGAGAGGAGCUGAUACAGACAGCUGAUUACAAAUUAAGACUGAUACUAGUUCCACAAACAACAAAAAGAAUUAAAAAACGCUUAGUUUGAGACAUUUCAACAAGUGUAUAACCUGUUGUGCAAAACCGUUACAACUAUUUCACAUAUACGAACGCAAGAAACUACUGGUUCUUCUUACGGCAUAUGUAAGCACUAAAGGCCCAUUCACAUACAACUUUCCUUGCUUUGCUUGACAACUCAUAUUGAAAGCGCAGAAAACAAAGGGUAUGUCACAAUGAACACUUUGCUUGCAGUAUUUCUCUUUAAUAAAAUUGGUGACUGUUGCUUGGCAAAGCGUAAAAUGAUGAGAGUUCCGUACAUCGAACUUUUCUGUCAAAGCAAAUGUCUGACACAAAGCGAAGCAAUAGUUCGAUGUGAAUUCUCCAUAACUGUCAUCCUUGCGAUAGAGAAUACUCCAUAAAAUUGGCAGCUCUCACGAUGUCUCUCAAUUUUUCUAUUUUCAAACAAACCACCAAACGGUUAAAAACCACCUAAACUGCAUGGAUUUCAGGUGUACUUAUGCCAUUGAGUAUGCACACUUAUAUACGUACUUAUGCGCCAUUAGCAGCUUCUUCAUAAACUUUUACAAUCUCAGUGAGCUCAGAAGAAUAAACAUGAAGAACAUGUAAUAGCUUUCCGUCAGCGCGGUAAGCACUUGAAGCUGAAAACUGCAGCCCAAAAUAAGAAUUAAGGUUUAACAAAAUAACGUGUGGCAGGCGAAUUUUACUCAGUCAGACAGUUACUGGCAAAAGUUACGGUGAACGCGCCAAGGUGAGCUGCCAGUUUCAGAAAUUUCGAGUAAAAGUUGUUCAAAGAUAUCUAAUGCCAAGAAGUUUUCUUUAACUUUAACGAGUCAACAACAAUAAUCAGUGUAUGAAUGCAUUGAGCGAGCGCGAAAAAUUUUAAAGAAAAAGAAUGUGAAAAGUGCUUUAAUUAGGUUUUUUAAGCUGCUGGUAAGGGCUUAGCUGAGUUAAGCGAGUGAUUGAGGCAAUUGGCAGUAUUACAGUAGUUAAGCUGCCAAGCCAAAACAACAAACCUUAAUAUUUAAGAAUAAAGUGAGUGUGUAUGCGUGCUGCCGCAAGCGAAAUGUGAAAUGUUUUUCAGAUUUUGGAAAGGAAUUGUUUUAAAAUUAAUCAUAACAAAAUGCACGGAAGCACCAUUGACUAGUGCAACAAGUGCAGCCGGAUACUUGAGAAAAAGUGACUUCACUAAAAUCGCAAAGAAGUAGAAAGUAGUUAAACGUUAUAAUUAAGCCAGCAGUAAAUAUUGCAAAAGGAGAAGUUCUAAAUAACACCACUAAAACAAAGCACGUGAAUAUCAUUGAAUAAACAAUACCAACAAAUGCAGCAAAGCCACGACCAACUACAGAAGUGGACGCAUCUACAACAAAAACUGCAGAAAAAACUGCGAAACUAUUACCACCAAAAAGGUUUGCUAGCAAACGCGAUGAUGAGAACCGCUGAUUUGAAAGUAGAAACUACAAAAACAACAAACAACGACACAUACCAUAGAUCAAUCAUAUUGCCAAAUUGGAUGCAAAAACCACAAGUCGACAUCAACAUGGCCAACUGCAACAACAGCAAACAUAGUCACACAGCUGCUGCGGCCGUGAUUAACCACAGACACUGCGUGAGAAAUCGGCACAGUAGGGCAACGCCAGCAAAUAGCUUAUUUUUUCCAAGAUCAUCUUCUGCAGCAUCAGUCACACCAAGAAAUUCGUUGCGUUUGCGAGCGAUGCAAGGCUGCCACUUGUCCGACAAACUCCAUCCAUUUGCGCUGCUACUUGUCAUCCUGCUAUCCGUUGCAAGUGUGACGCCAACUGAAACCGUGGACAUGUACGAAAGUACGACACCAAUGCAAUCGACUACGAGAAACAACCACACACUCAACUCCAGCAACGAGCUUGGUAGCCCGUCAGCAGCAAUUAACACAAGCAAUUGGCAAGAGCUCGAUGCAACAACCAGUCCCAGCUAUAGUAGGAGCAAUCGAAGUCAAAUCAAUGGUAACAGUGACGAUAGUGACAAUGCUGGCCACAAAAAUGGCGGCGACUCAAUUUUUAUGCUUUUUGCGAGACGCUUCUCCACUGGCAAUGAAUUGUGGGAUGACAUUAUACGCGAUUGCUACCAGCAACCCACCGUCAGUUGUUUCCAGAAGAACGUCUUCACGUACUUGAACGGUGCACUCGACGCACACGAUAUAAAUGUAACGCAGCGCUUGAAAUUCUAUCGCAAUCAAGUGGACUAUGCGGAUAUGAAACAUGAGCCGACGGAAGCGGCCGCUGCAAAGGUUGGCAUGGAUGGAUCUUCGGAAGAGCAAAACUCAAUUAAAAUACAACUAUCCGAGGAGGAACAGUUGCUUUCCAACGAUAUACCUCAUGACGAAGGCCGCGGCACAAAAGCCCAUACAGAAAGUGAUACAACUGAAACGCCCAUUGAAGAAGUCUACAACGCCCUCUACGGCAAAAGCAUAAAAUUGCUAUGAUGACAAGAUUUCAAUUAAAUUGAGAUGAUGUUCGAUGCCACAUUUCGUAUUUCUCCACGUUCAUUCGAGGGAACGGAAUUAUUGCAAAGCUGGUUGAUAACAAACAGAGGUGGAAGCCCGCUGGCAAAAAUCAUGAAGAAGAUACGUAAGUUCUAAAUUUUGCGCAGCAAGUUAUUGCUAUCAUUUCUGGCGCUUGUGCUCAUUAAAAUCAUCAAAAUCAAAUUGUUCUGGCUGUUGCCAUUGGUGAUAGGUGUCGGCGCUGCCAAGAAGUUGCUGCUCACCUUCUUCCUUCCCGCAUUGUCACAUCUCUUCAAGCUGUUCUACUAUCAACAGACGUAUCACUCCAAUCAUCAUCACCACCAUCAUCUUAUCGACCAUCAUCACACGGUUGUUCCAGCUUGGCAUGCGCCUGAACACCAUUCAAUACCGGAAAUUAUUUACACUCAUCCACCAAAGGGACAUCCUUCCACAUAUUUGCACGGCGCGCCGAUUCACGAAAACUAUGGCCCUUACUCAUUGGAACACAAUGAGGGUAAUUGGGAAAAUUCUGGUCCAGGAUUGGGUUCAGAUUAUAUUGGCGAUAUAAAUCGGUCCGCACAAGUUGACGAAAAUUCUAAUUAUUUUAAACCAAAUGCCAACAAGGAUGCCAAUGAAAUACUUGUUUGGGGUUUGGGCACUACACAGCCUACCAUUCCUCAACAACAACAACAUCAACAACAAAGGUAUCGACCGGUAACACAGCAACAACCACCUACACAACAACAUCGACCGCCGUCACUCGUACAGCAACAAAAAUUGCAAUUACAACAGCAACAACAGCUAGUACAACUAAAACUGAAAACACAACAAAAACAACAACAAACUCAUAAUCUUCAGAAACCACACGCCACUAGUCACAGUUUUAAUCCAUUUUUGAAUGGUGAAAAUAAUUUGAAACAAAGCUUAUUUGCCACGAAAUUAAAAACUCCAGCACAAGCACAAUCCGCGCCAAAUCCAGUUUAUGCGCCCCCACCACAGCCGCCUUCGCAUCCGCAGCAGCCAUCGGCCGCGGCAUUAACCGCAGCCGCAAAUAUCGUUGCUCAAUACGAUCCGGCACGCAAUAGUCUCGCACAACAACAAAAAAAACAGGACCAACUUAAACAGCAACAGUUACAGCAAUUACUAAAACAACAGCAGCAACAAUUGUCUCCCAAAUUGGCCGCACAACUAAAGGAAGCAUUACGAAUCCAGGCAGAACAGCGUAUAAUAUCGCAACAACAACAAAUACUUGACAAACAGCCAUUUGUACAGGAUGGACAGCCAAUCAUGCCAAAAAAUUAUGAUCCUUUCUACAGUCCGAUUCUAUUAAAACUUGAUAAAAUCGUUGAGCAACUCGGAGUUACAGAUGAUCUCUGCAAGGAGCGUCUUAUAUGCAGCAUGUAUAAGGAUCCAACGCGGUACAGUCCGCAUAGUAAUUUCGUGUCUGCGGAACUGAGUCGUGACACAAGUGAAUUGCAACCCGUGUCGAACUCGAACGGUGCCGUUGUGCGCUUUUACCGUUUCAUACAAGCCGCUCGUGAUGGACAGGAUCAAAGAGACUGCCUACGCCUGUAUCCACAGUGCAACAUUAAUACGGAAUGAGCUACGUCUGGCGGCGACGCGAAAAUGCGAAUGACACAAAAUCGAUACGUGCGAGUACUAAAGUGAAAGCUACAAAGCGCAGCGUUUUAGGCGCAAAAAUGCCAAAACAAUAAAUUUGACUAGCAGCUAAACGCAGCUAGCUUCGUAGGCACAACCAAUAAGUCACCAGCAAAAACAAAUUGUACAGCAAUUUACCCACGUUGUCGAGCAGUUGAAAGAUUUUCAAUUUAAUGCUCAUUUGUUUUCUACUUUCGCCUUUGCUUUUUUGUAAAUAGGAUUAGUACAUAAGUCGAUUUAUUUAUUUGAUCGUUUAAUUAUUUUGUAUGUAACUAGUAAUCAAGUAAUAUUUUAAGAACUAACCAUUAUUUGCUUUGAUGUUAUUCGAUAUUUAUUUAUUAAAAAAAUAUAUAUUUUUCCUAAUUUCUUUAGUGAAACUAGUUUUAAUAUCGCUGCAAUUAUGCACCAAUGACUAUUUAUAAUGAAUUAAAUUUAAAAAAGCUGUUUUGCUAUGUGUUUCAAUGACGUCACUUGUUACCAUUAGAGUUUACAUUGAUUAUAAGCUCCGUAGUAUACUUGUAUGUAGUAUAACUUUUAAGGAGAGCUUAUUUUUAAAACUUUUAAAUUAAUGUUUCUGAAGUGGUUUAGAUUUCCACAGUAAGUCAGUUAUCGUCAUACGUAUAGAGCAAAUGUAGUCAAUUGUGAAUUAUGAAAAAUUUGUUAAUCUUGCAAGUGAUUGCAAGGUAAAUGAAUAUAUAUAUGUUAUAACUGUUGUUAACAUUAAUUUUAAUUAAGCAUGUUAAGUUUAGAUAUCAUCAUAAAUACACACAGUAAAUUGUAUAUGUAUUUAAAUAUACAUAUUUCAGUCGAUGAAUUAUUUAUUUUCCAUUUGUUAGUUUAUAAAGACAUGUAUUUUAUUUUAUUUAGCUAUAAUAUUUAUCUAAAGUCCUAAAUUACAAAUAUGUAAGUAUGUAAUUAUUCAAAUAAAAUUAAAAGCUUCAGACAAAUAUUUAUUUUAA